AUGGUGCCAACAGUAAGCCUGGAGCCCACGAGCCGCAGCUGCUGGGACGAGCCGCUGAGCAUCGCCGUGCACGGCCUGGCCCCCGAGCAGCCCGUCACGCUGCGCGCCGCCCUGCGAGACGAGAAAGGCGCGCUCUUCCGAGCCCACGCGCGCUACCGCGCCGACGCCCGCGGCGACCUGGACCUGGCGCGCGCGUCCGCGCUGGGCGGCAGCUUCUCCGGGAUCGAGCCCAUGGGGCUGCUCUGGGCCUUGGAGCCCGAACGGCCCUUCUGGCGCCUGAUCAAGCGCGACGUGCAGACGCCCUUCGUGGUGGAGCUGGAGGUGCUGGACGGCCACGAGCCCGACGGCGGGCGGCUGCUGGCGCGGGCGGUGCACGAGCGUCACUUCAUGGCCCCCGGGGUGCGGCGCGUGCCCGUGCGCGAGGGCCGUGUGCGCGCCACGCUCUUCCUGCCUCCAGGAAAUGGACCCUUUCCUGGGAUCAUAGACCUUUUUGGAGUUGGCGGUGGCCUUCUGGAGUAUCGGGCUAGUCUGCUGGCUGGGAAGGGCUUUGCGGUCAUGGCUCUGGCUUAUUAUAACUACGAUGACCUCCCCAAGGACAUGGACACUGUCAACCUGGAGUACUUUGAGGAAGCUGUGAACUACCUGCUCAGUCACCCUCAGGUCAAGGAGCCAGGAAUUGGCCUGCUGGGGAUUUCCAGAGGGGGUGAACUCUGCCUUUCCAUGGCCUCUUUCUUGAAAGGCAUCACGGCUGCUGUCAUCAUCAAUGGUUCUAUGGCCAAUGUUAUUGGGAAAUUGUGCUAUAAGGAUGAGACCCUGCCCCCUUUGAGCACAAAUGUAGAUCGAAUCAAGGUGACCAAAGAUGGCAUUAAAGAUAUUUUUGAUGUCCUGAGUUGCCCUACAGAAGGACCUGAACAGAAGAGCAUCAUCCCUGUGGAGAGGUCUGACACGACCUUCCUGUUGCUUGUAGGUCAGGAUGACCGCAACUGGAAGAGCGAGUUCUAUGCCAAUGAGAUCUCCAAACGCUUACAGGCCCAUGGGAAGGAGAAGCCCCAGAUCAUCUGCUACCCAGAAGCAGGGCACAAUAUUGAGCUUCCUUAUUUCCCUUGGUGCAAGGCUUCCCUACAUGCCUAUUUUAGAAUGCCUGUCGUCUUUGGGGGAGAGCCCAGGGCUCAUGCCAUGGCCCAGGUUGAUGCGUGGCAGAAACUCCAGACUUUCUUCCACAAACAUUUGGAUGGUGAAGUGAGGACACCCGCAGCAAAACUGUAAUUUUCUUUGGGUGGUGACAUUUCUGAUGCUGAUCACUCCUGAGAAUGGCUGUCACUGUUAAGAUAUAUAUAUAUAUAUAUAUAUAUGUAUGUAUGUAUGUAUGUAUGUAUAUAGUGGUUCCUACUUUCUUAUGAUGCCAAGGAUUGAGCCCAGGGCUUGUGCAUGGUAGACUAACACUCUGUCACCAAGCUAUCCCACUGUACCUUAGAUGGCAGCAAUUUUAAAGAAACCUGAGAGGCUGAGAAGUGUAUCUGCUCUCUGGCACAGCCUGCAACCCACAACUCCAGUUCUAGCAGGAGAAGUGAAUAACACGGGCAAAUGCAGUCAUGAUGUAGUUUAGCAACUAUUUGCUAAAUGACUUAAAUACAUCUUUGCUGUACAAGAAAGCAUAUGCAGUGGCCCCUUGUGUAUGUGGGUCCACAUUGCAGAUUCUACCACCCAUGGAUGGAACCGAAGACAGCACUGUAUCUGUGCUGAACAGACAGGGGCCUUUGGGGGCCAUUCAUCGUUCCUUAAGCUUUAUGCCAUGGUAUAGGAGCUAUUUGUACCAUGUUUGUGUUACUCUUAGAGAUGUAAGUACCCUGGACGUGAUCUUAAAGUUUUAGUGAUUAUUUUCAGAUUACAUGCCAAUUCCACACCACUUUAUACCAAGUGCAUGAAUCACUGCAGCUUUGAGGCCCGGAUACAGUAAAUGACUGUAAUAUCAAAAGCAUUACACCAUCAGCUUUGGGCUUCUCUACUUAGAAUGGAAGUCAUAACACUUUUGUUUCAAACUAUUUACUACUUAGACAUAAAACUAAUAAAACAUU